UGCUUCCUGCUUUUUUGUUUCCUGCCUCAGUGAUUGUCUGCCGCGCCCUGAUUUGUUCCACCUGUGUCUAAUCACUCUGCACUCCUUGUGUAUUUAGUCCAUGUGCUUCCCUCAUUCAGUGUCAGGUCGUCUGCUUUGUUACCCCUGUUCAUCCUGCCAUCCUGCCUGUGUUCCUUGUGUCUUUCGGAUUUGAAGGAAGUUGGUGUGAAAUUGACACCAAUGAGUGUAGCUCAAAUCCAUGCCAGAACCAGGGCGACUGUGUGGACCGGGUCAACAGCUACAGCUGUGAUUGUAAGAUGGGAUUUUCUGGCCUUCACUGUGAGGAAGACAUCAAUGAGUGCACCUCCACCCCGUGCCACAACUCUGCCGUUUGCCAAGACCUCGUGAACAAGUUCCACUGCGUUUGCCCUCCCGGUUAUUUCGGAACGCUGUGUGACCUGGAUGUGAAUGAGUGUGAAGUUUCACCCUGCCUACACGAGGGCAUCUGUAUCAACACACCCGGGGGCUUCAAGUGCGUCUGUCGGCCUGGAUACUCAGGGGCACGGUGUGAAGUUAACAUCGACGAGUGUGUUUCAAACCCAUGCCGGAAUCGUGGGAAAUGUAUCGACGCGCCUAAUCGAUACCACUGCGUGUGUCCAGACGGUUUCAUCGGGCUCAACUGUGCAACCGACAUUGAUGAAUGCAUGUCGGCGCCUUGUCUUCAUGGGAGCUGUAAAGAUGGAGCAUACUCAUACUCCUGUUUCUGUGAAUCUGGAUGGACCGGCAGCAGAUGUGAAACAAACAUUGACGACUGUGCUUUCGGCCCCUGUUGGAAUGGAGGCUCAUGUGUAGAUCUUAUUGAUAAAUAUGCGUGCUUCUGCCAGGAUGGUUAUACAGGGAAAACUUGUGAGAAUGACAUAGAUGUCUGCAAAGACGCCACGUUUGAUGUCUUGCUGUGUUUCAAUGGAGCCACCUGCCUUGACGGCGAGGGAUCAAACUUUACAUGCAGCUGUCCACCAGGUUUCACGGGGGAUUUCUGUGAAGUGGAUGUUAACGAAUGUUGCUCGGCUCCCUGCCACAACGGUGCCAUUUGCCAAGAUCUUAUUAAUAGCUACGUCUGCCACUGCAGGUCAGGUUGGACAGGCCUUCACUGUGAGGAUGACAUUAAUGAGUGCCUUCCACAGCCCUGCAACCAGGGGAUAUGCAUCCAGAAUGAUCCGGGCUAUGGCUACACCUGUUUCUGUCGGCCUGGAUUUGUGGGGAGGAACUGUGAGCUCAACUAUGAUGACUGCCUGUUGAAUCCAUGUCCAGAAGCAUUUUCCUGUGUAGAUGGCAUCAACAAGGUCAACUGCCUUCCUCCUGUUACGGAUGCUGUUCCCUUGGCGACUGUAGUCAAGAACACCACUCGCGGCUCCACAGCCAGGGUGCAGACGCCAACACUCAGCCCGGCAACAACAGCUGAGGAAUCCACAGAUUCAAGCUACCUUCAGUACUUUGGGAAUUCAUACCUGGAGUUUGGGGGCAUUGACCUCAGCGCACUCAACAACAUUACUGUGAGAUUUCAGACUCUAGUGACCCAGGGAACUAUACUUUAUGUGGACCAAGGACCUGCUAACGGGGAUUUCUUUUUCAUGAAACUCUUCAUCCUGGAUGGAAUCUUGCAGUAUGCCUUUUGCUGUAACGAAGAGGAAGAGGUUACACGGAUCAGUACAUUAAUUAAUGUUGAUGAUGGCAAGGUUCACAUUGUUAAUAUCAGACAACACCUGACCCCUUGUGAGGCAGAGCUGACUCUUUCUGGUCAUGAGAAAAUUAGAAGUACAGCAAGUAAUUACUGGUUGGGAAACAUCAUACAAAGAAGAAAUCACGUCUUCACAGGUGGUCUGCCACAACAAUAUCUACACAAUCAGAGAGCAAAACCUUUCCACAACUAUACCGGCUGCAUUGAAAUAAUUGAAUUCAAUAAACUGAGGAGCUUUUACACAUCUGAUGCCAUCAGCGGCAGCAACAUAGACCGAUGCAGAGAUACUCUGUAUGCCAUAGAAGCAUCCACAACAAGUUCUUCAAGUAGGACAACUCAAUCAACCAGCCCUGACACAGUGAACACAACAACAAUAGCAGCUCCCACACAGACACCAAAACAUCCUCUGCAUGAACCUCAAGCUUGCCGUGACGGUCUUUGCCGCAACGGAGGAACAUGUCAUCAGCUGCCUGGCGGAGCUCUGCCUUCCUGUCACUGCCCGCUUCAUUUUACUGGGACUUUUUGUGAGAAAGAUACCACAGUAUAUAUCCCCUCAUUCGAUGGCACAUCUUAUUUGGAGCUGCAGCCUGUUUCAUCCUUUCUCCAGCCUUCUGGUGCCAGUAAUAAUCUCCCUGCUACUGUCAAGGACACCACUGUUAUUCUCUAUUUGACGUUGAAAACAAGAUCCACACAGGGUACCAUCCUCUACACUCAGGAGCAGAACUUUGGGGAUCAGUUCCUUCAUGUGUUCCUUCAAGACGGAAGCCCCGCUGCUAAACUCGGGUGUGGUGGCAGUCACGUUUUGAAUGCAGCUGCAGGCCAGAUCGUCAAUAAUGACAGAUGGAUGCCAAUCACUAUCCGAUACAAGUUGCCCGUUGGCAAACAAGGAGGGUCAUGUAUGAUUGAAAUAGCUGCAGAUAAUGACACAGCUCAGCGUCUGGAGGAGUUCGUAUCACACCCCGUGUCAGAGGGAACCUUUGGACCCAUAUUUCUUGGGGAUGUUUCUUCGCACUUGGAGAUCCAUGACGGGAGUGCAAAAGGAGCAAGGAGAUUCAUUGGGUGUAUCAGGGAACUUCAGGUCAACUCGAAGGAGAUUUACCUGGUGGGUGAGGCAGUGAGAGGGAGAAACAUCAAGGAUUGUGACCCGCCUGUCUGCCAACACCUUCCCUGUCGUAACGGAGGAACUUGUGUCAGUGAUGCUGAGGACUGGUUCUGCGAGUGCCCCCCGCUCUACACAGGCCGGCUGUGCCAGUUCAACGCUUGUGAGCGCGACCCCUGCGGUCACGGAGCCACAUGCAUCCCAAAGUCGCCGUUGGAGGCCGUAUGUCUCUGCCCCUACGGAAGACAAGGUCUACUGUGUGAGGAACCCAUCAAUAUCACUCGUGCCAGAUUCAGUGGAAUUGAUGAGUUUGGUUACACGUCCUUUGUGGCGUAUUCCUCCAUCCCGAGCCUCAGUUUCUUCUACGAGUUCAAGCUGAAGUUCACACUCGCCAAUAAUUCAUCUGCUGUGAAAGACAACCUGAUACUGUUCGCUGGGCAUAAAGGACAAGGCAAUGAUGGUGAUGACUUCCUCGUUUUGGGACUACGAAAUGGCAGAGUUGUACAUAAAUUCAACCUUGGAUCAGGUGUAGCAGCCAUAGCCAGUGAUCGACUAAACCCCCAGAUCAACAUUCACACCGUUACAUUUGGUCGGUCCAAGAAAACCGGAUGGCUGAAGGUUGACGGACAACGUAACAGAACUGGAUCCACUCCAGGACCCCUGCUGGGCCUCAAUGUUUUCAACCAGCUCUUUGUUGGUGGAUAUAAUGAGUACACUCCUGAACUACUGCCACUUGGAUCCAGGUUCCGUCAUGGCUUUCAGGGGUGUAUUUUUGAUGUGCAGUUUCGCACAAGAAGAGACAGAAAGUUCCAAGUGCUGGGACAGCCUGCGGGACAUCCAGCCUUCGGGCGCAGCGUGGGUCAGUGUGGAGUCACCCCUUGUGUUCAUGUUCACUGCAGAAACGGAGGGACUUGCAUAGACUCCGGCUCAUCUGUCUAUUGCCAGUGCCCAUUUGGAUGGAAGGGAGCACUCUGUUCUGAGACGGUGUCUGUGUGUGAUGUCGAGCACAGCCCCCCUCCUCUGUGCGCCCACGGUUCCACCUGCAUCCCUCUCCCCAAUGGAUAUACCUGCCAGUGCCCCCUGGGGACUGCGGGACUCUACUGCGAGAAAGCUGUGACCAUCAGUGAUCCAUUCUUCAGCGGUAACCAGUCUUCGUGGAUGUCAUUCCCACCUAUGAGUACCAGACACAGGACUGUUUUGCAGCUGCAGUUCCAGCCUUUAUCACCUGAUGGCAUCCUUGUCUACAUGGCACAACAUCUCAGUGCCAGAGCCGGAGACUUCUUCUGCCUCUCCUUGACAUCUGGGUUCGUUCAGCUGCGAUACAAUCUUGGGGAUGGCACCCACGUCCUGCAGUCUGUUGAGCGUGUGGACUCGCGCGGCAGGACCUGGCACACAGUGAAGGCUGGCCGAGUUGGUCACCAAGGCUUUCUCAGUCUGGACGAUAAGGAGAUUAGAGAGAAUGUGACUGAAGGGAUGACCACCCUCGAUGUUGCUACAGAUAUCUUUGUCGGGGGCGUGUCCACUCUGAGCUUCGUCUCCACGGAUGCAACUGAAGGGGAGCCACUGGGCUUCACCGGUGGCUUAAGAGAACUUCUGCUCAACGGUGAAGAGUUUGAGUUAACGGAGACGGGCGCAAUAGGCGGAGUCAACGUAGGGGACUGGGAUGGGACCGCCUGCGGGUACAAGGUGUGCCAAAACAGAGGUCGCUGCAGUGCAACAGGAAGUGGCUCAUUCACAUGUGUAUGUCAGCCAUCAUGGACUGGCUCUGUGUGUAACCAGUCUGUAAACUGUGUAAACAACAUCUGCAAACAUGGUUCUUUAUGUGCUCCAUCUAGUGUCACCUCAUACCGCUGCAUAUGCCCUUUAAGAUGGGGUGGGAGGUACUGCGACACAGAAAUAGUCACAGACACGCUCAAGUUUGUGGGAAGCUCAUACGUUUCAUACCAGGACCCGAGAUACAACACAAGGGAUUUUAAAUACACACAGGUUUCUUUCAGCUUCCACACAAGCUCAAAUGACAGUGUGAUAAUGUGGAUGGGAAGGGCUGAACACGAAGACGACGACUACCUCACAGUCGGACUUGAGAACGGCCACCUCAAAAUCGCUGUCAAUCUCGGAGAGAGACUUUCCCUCCCAAUAACUUUCAGAAAUGUCACACUGUGCUGCAAGACGUGGCACAAUGUGUCCAUAUCUUUAAACAGCACAGUUAUCCAGGUGUUCUUAGACAAUAAGAGAGUCCUUUUCCAAGACAUGGACCCGUUUGAGCGUUACGUGGCCUUAAACUAUGGCGGUCAGCUCUACUUUGGAGGAUUUGAAUUAUACAGAAAUGUAUCGAUCGUCACUUCUGGGUUGUUUUCAAAAGGCUUUGAAGGAAGUCUCAGAAAUGUUUAUUUGUUUAAAGAUACCAAGCCGCUGCUGUUUCUCAAUGAUAGCGAGGGUUUUAAUGUUUAUGAGGACAAUGGCUAGCAGUGAAACUCCCUUCAUGACGUGAUCUCAAACUUGAUGUAAGUUGUUUUCUAACUACAAACUAGUCCACAAGGAGAUUUGUGUAACACUAGUUAUUUUUUUUUAAAGGUAAUUCUGUAUCCAGGUGGUUUUACGUUUAAACAUUUAGAAAGACAUAAAAGAUUUUUUUUUUAUAAUCAAUAAUAAAAAAGGAUUAGCUUUAUUACGAACUGUACAUAAACACAG